UUUGUCAAGCCACGAGGCAGCACUUUGACCAAACGCCUUACUUCCUUCCACGUGACAUUGUGUGGAUAUAUAUAUAUAUAAGCCCAACAAUCCUAUUCCCUUCUCCAUCGCCAAUCUCACAGCUUUUUUGCUUUCGAAAUUCUCCUACAAAACACAAAUCUUUGUUUGAUGGCUAUGGCGUCUUUUCUCCCUCACGUGAAGACUUAUUUUUCUUCUCCCAAUUCCAACGUUAAUUCUGCAACUCAUCAUAACCUCCAAUUUCCAGGCGGUUAUGGUAAUGUCGAUAGGUGGAAGCCAUUAUUAUCAAAUGGGAAAAUGUCGUCCAAGUGAGCGAAAGGGGAAUCAAUUGGGAAAAUAGAAAGGAAAUUAGAGGAACAGAUUGGUAGGGAAGAAGAUUUAGCCAGAAUGUCGAGUAAUUGUCAACAAUUGGGUGGUGGAAUGGUAGAAUUGUUAGAGUGUUUGGAAAGAGAAGCAAUUAUGGGAGAGGAUGAAGGGAAAGACCCAAUGGAUUAUAACAGGAGAGCCCAGAUUUUUGACAAAAGUUCUACAGUCUUCCAGGCUCUUAAGGAAAUAUCAGAAACUACUAGAAGCAACAGUACUGCUCUCUAGCUGACUCUUGCCAAAUUUACAACAAACUAUAUAGUAUUUGUGGUUAGGUGAAGAAUAAUGUAUGUAUGCACUCGUCUGCUCUACUGCCUUACAAAUAAUAAUUAACCUGAGUUGAUGCCAA